AAAAUAUAUUAGCGCUGGUGUAAGCGCAUUCGCAUCAGCUUCCUUAUUCCUUAUGAAUUCAGAUUCUCCGAGUAAGAUGAUAGUGGACAAUUUUAUUUCCAAAUUAUAUCCUAUUGUAACAGCACAUGAAUCUUUUGACUCGACAAAGGAUGUUAUAACUGACUGGAGAUUAAUUGGCCAAGAACAAAAUGAUGAUCUCUUGUUCAGUUGGACGCAUAAAUCUGGAGAAAAUGAUAGCCAUACCAAGAUCGGAUGCUAUAAUUUGCGAAGAAAUCACUUAGAUAUCAUGCAUACGUUUUCGAAUAUUACAAAUUGCGUUCAAGCUUCUGUUGAUGAAUCUAAAACAUACCUUGGGUUUGUUAUAAAAGAUACGCAAAAUGAAGUAUUUACAUAUAAACCUCACAUUGUCAAUAUCCGAGAAGGGAAAGAAGUAGUGGAUUUAGAAAUUGAGAGGUCGAAACAGAUAAUGAUACAGUUUCUGUAUAAAAAAACUUCUUUACUCUCUGACAAUAAAACGGUCAAAUUUCUAAUAUUGGUCCAUGAAGAGUGUAUACUUCAGUACCAAAUCAAAGACAAUUCCACAGAAUUGAGCUUGAACUGCUUCAGCUAUGAAUCCCUUGUAAGGGUAUUCACUUGGGCUCAGUGGGAUCCUAUCAAUCAAAUUUUAUAUUACAUCCAUAACAAAAAAUCUUCCAGAUCAAUUGUUGAAGGAGAGGAUGUUCCUCCUUCUGUCUUAAAUUCAAAAUCAUCCCCAACACUUUCUGGUCUACAGUUUCAUGAUGAUUUGCCUCAUGAGAGUGUGUUGAAUAUUCCUUUGAAUUUACCCCAUGCUAGCACAGUGAACAAUUCCUUCAACUUGUAUGAAGAUGAUGCGGUACCACUAAGAAUACAUGACUGUUCACUUGAUCUAAUCGUUGUUACAAACGAGGAUGGUUUUGUUUGCAUUUGUCAUAACUACCUGUAUCAACCUAUACAGCCAACUGACGAUAGUGUCCAAGAUGAUGAUACAUUGGUUCACUUUGCAUAUUCUGUAACAAUUUUACACCAGAGUUGCGUGUUGCAAUGUGUUAUUCCAGGAUUGCCUUUCAAAAAAGCAAAAACCAUUAGACCUGUAUUCAAAAAACAAGGAAACCAUAUGCUGGUGUUUAUACCAGAAGUUUGUAUCCAGUUGUUGGACAUAGGAAUUAAACACGAACCAUGCUGCCAUGUCAGCCUUAAACCGUUCCUCACUGAAAGUCCAUCUCACAUGCUUUGCUUGGCCCCACUGGCUGCCUAUGAUAAUCUGGUUAAUAUAGCAACACUAGAUUUGAUAGAUUUUGCAAUAACCAAGGACUUAUUAGUACAGACAUUCAAAAAUGAAGAAUGGUUGGAGAAUAAAAUUGCAAUAAUUCACUAUUUAUUACAGCAUCUUGAUGAGACAGAAACAGCUUUGGAAUUGAUCACUUGGCAUGCAAAGUUUGCUUUAAAAAUAGACUGGUCACAACUUCUUAAGGAGUAUCUUAUAGGAUGCUCUUUUUCAAGCCUUCAAAAGAACCUUCCUCCUGAUGCAAGCCAUCUUUUGAAUUUACUGCCCAUCACAACUCAACAUAUUGGAAAGGAUUUGGAAGUGAAAGUUGGGGAUAAGACCAUUUGUUUAACACAGGAUAUGCUAUGGAAUACAUCGAUGAUGCUUCUAUCUCCCCAACAACGUCUGGUUCCCUAUAGAAGUGAUAUGUGGAUUAAACUUUGGGAACAACUUGCUGUAGUACUGAAGGGAAAGCAAAGAUUUAGACCGGCUCAGGUUGUUGACAAGUUGAGAAUAUCUCUAGUUUGUUACCAGCCUGAAGCUCUAUCAAGAUCUAGCACGCCCAUGUCUCCUGGUGGGUCUAUCACUACAUCCAUAUUGAAUGAGCUCUGUGGAAUGCAAAGCUCUAGAAAAGGACUCGAAGAACUCCCAUUCUACGAGACAGAAAGUUGCACUGCAAGUAGACAGGAACAUAUAAUUUCUGUGAACUUGAGGGAGCUAAGCAUGCAUCUAUUGAAACAAAGUUCAGAUAACAAAGUGAGCCGCUUUCAGUGGCAAAACCAAAGUCCUAUGCAUGUCCAUGCUGUAGCUACAAGAUAUGUUUCUGCGCAGCUUGAACAGUCACGAAGACUUUGCCAAGCCUUAUGUCGAAAAGCUGUUUCAACUGAACCAAGGCAUCAACUUGAAAAGGGCUUCCUAUAUAUAGAUCAAAUGAAUGAGGAUGAUAGAUUGAUAUUAUUCACUGUAAUAGAACAAUAUUAUUUAGCAGUAGAAUCAAUUGCAUAUCCACAACCACAAGGCUUCACUUCUUUUUUUACUUUCCUAGGAUAUAAGACGUUAUCAUUUGAUAUGUUUCUGCAGUAUGUCAAUAGAAAUGUUUUUGAACUACAAGUGGAUGUCAUGAAGGCUAUAUUGUCAGAUAUCCCAAAUGAUAAUAAAGGUGUUACCCAAAAAUUGAAACUUCUUUCUAUCCUACCACGUUCAAGAGCUAAGAGAUUACUUAAUCAGUGGCAACAUCCUAUAAGCCUUAUGUUGAGAGCCAGAGAACAUGCUUUGAAUAUACUAUCAGGUGUAGAAUCAGGUACCGGCAGAGGCAGUUUUAGUUCUAGUAAACAUUACAAACAUCUAAGUCCUGCACCUUUAGAACAAAGAUUUCCUGCUUUAGACACAUUUUUGGAUUUACUCACAGCUAAGGCCAGUUUGACAGAUUUGGAUUUUGGACUUCUGAUUGAAGCUACUGAGUCAUCCAUUGAAUUUCUGUGAAUGUAUCGAUGUUUGUUAUAAUAUAACUUGAUGUUUCCAGAAA